AUGUGCGCGACGUGCGAGGGCAAAGUGAACUCGCCCGCACCCGUGACCGUCGUAAACGAAACCCGACGAGACAACAUCCGGGUCAAGCUGCCGGAAUUCUCCGGGCACCCUUACGAAGACCCGGAGAAAUUCACACGGGCGUGCCAGGACCGCCUGGCCAGGUACGGCGUACCUCAGGAAGAGUGGACGGAAUGCGUCACGGAACAGCUGAGGGGGCCAGCAACGGACAGGUGGGCCAUGACGGGCGAAUACGGCGUGGAAUGGGAGGACUUCGCGCCGCGUCUGGAGGCCCGGUUCAAUGCCGCCCGCGCACGCGCCCAGUGCCAGCGCGCCCUGUUCUGCGAACCGCAAAGGGCAGACGAAGACGUGGAAACCUUCAUCCGGUCGAAGAUGAGGCUACACCGGCGGCUGGACGCCGGCGGACCAGUCAACGCGGCGCUUGACGUGACGGUAGAGCUGAUGAAGAGGGAGCUGCGCCUGCACCUGUGGGGGGCCGUGGACAGGGAGCUCGAGGACUUCGUCCAGCUGGCGAAAGAAAUCGAGCGGGACCUACGCCUGUCACCGCGCCCGCGGGACACAGCAGCCCGCCGCCGAGGGGCGUCCCCGUCACCCAGGACGGCCCCAGAGGACGAGUGGGCGGUAGUACCGUAUGUAAACCCCCCUCCCCCUCCCGGCGCCACCCGCCGGGGGGCGAAGUGA